UGUCAUGUCAAAUGUCAAAAUAUAGUCUCUGGAUUUAGUUGUGAACGGAGAAGGUGCGUGUUGUUUUAGCUCAAAAUAAUUGUUUUUUACAAUAUUGGGUAAAAAUAAUUCGCUGCAGUCUGAAAAGGACCUGGCUUUUGAUUUGCGAGUCGAGUACCAAGUAAAAGUUAUAUUUGUUUUCGUAAACAAAAACAUUACAUAAUGCCGUUGUUGAGGCUCACUUCAGGCACUUUCGGCCAGCUGCGCACUUUCGCGACGUCAUCAGCUCUUGGGAAGAGAGUCAAGACCUUCGCCAUUUACCGAUGGAACCCCGACGAGCCGGAGAAAAAGCCUUACACCCAAAAUUUCCAGGUGGACCUCGAUGAUUGCGCGCCUAUGGUUUUGGAUGCAUUGCUGAAGAUUAAGAAUGAAAUUGACCCGACUCUUACGUUCAGGAGGUCUUGCCGCGAAGGAGUUUGUGGUUCGUGCGCCAUGAACAUCGAUGGCAUUAACACUUUGGCUUGCAUCAGUCAUAUAGACCAAAAUCUCUCAAAGCCAUCUAAAAUUUAUCCUCUGCCUCACAUGUACGUUGUGAAAGACCUGGUUCCUGACUUAACUAACUUCUACCGUCAAUACCAAUCCAUCGAACCAUGGCUUCAGCGUGAAAAAGAGGCUGAAAAGGGAAAAGAAGUCCAACUGCUUCAGGAUGUCGAAGAUAGAGCUAAAUUGGAUGGUUUGUACGAAUGUGUUCUCUGUGCGUGCUGUUCCACCAGUUGUCCUUCAUACUGGUGGAAUGGAGACAAGUAUCUUGGACCAGCAGUCCUCAUGCAAGCAUACAGAUGGAUUAUCGACUCUAGGGAUGACCAAACAGAAAAGCGUUUAUCAAAAUUGAAGGACACUUACUCUGUAUAUAGGUGCCAUACUAUCAUGAACUGUACGAGAACUUGCCCCAAGGGAUUGAACCCAGGAAGAGCUAUUGCACAAAUUAAGACCCUUCUUUCUGGUAUUGUCAAAAAACAGAAGCCUAUAAUGGACCCGGCAGGCCUCGAGAAGCAAGCAGCCCACAACUAAACAACCCAUUCAUUGCUGUAGUUACCUUAACAUUAAAACUAAUGCACUUGUAAUUCUGGGUACUCAAGAGGUUUCUAUAAAGGUUAGGGUGUUAUAACCUUUGCAAGAAACUGCUGUAUAAAUCUGACAUUUAGUAGUUGAAUCUAAUUUCUGAUUCUGAUUUCAAAUCAUGAAUUUUUUUUUUAACAUAAGUCAAAGAUAGUUUAGUAAGAAAAAGUGAAAUACUGUAUUGACAAGGAGCUGUGUAACUGAAAUUAAAAAAGUAUUAUUUC